AUGGUUUCACAGGAUUCACUCCCGGAUGAUCCUGAGCAAAACAGGUCGCCGCGACCAGCCUCUGUAUCCGCCCUCUCCCUUCGGCGGAAACAAAUCCGAUCACAUCUGGUGAUCAUCUCGCUCUUCCUCUGUCUUUUUCUGGCUGCACUCGACGUAACGAUAGUUGCACCCGCCUUGCCAAUCAUCGCGAGUCACCUCAAUGCGACAACGUCACAAUAUACCUGGGUGGGCAGCGCCUAUACUCUGGCGAGCAGUUCCACAACUCCGCUCUGGGCCCGGAUAUCAGACAUAUGGGGCCGGAGAGCCAUUCUGAUGCUGUCAAAUGGUGUCUUCUUAUGUGGCAGCCUUGUCUGUGCGCUGAGCAAAACCCCUCUCAUGUUGAUCGGGGGGCGAGCCGUGCAAGGUGUGGGCAGUGGAGGAAUCAUUGUGAUGGUCACCAUCAUAGUGGCAGAUCUAUUCCCGCUCCGCGAAAGGGCGAAAUAUUAUGCACUGACGGGGAUUAUCUGGGCAAUCUCAAGUGGUGUUGGUCCCAUCCUGGGAGGCGUUUUUACACAAACGAUUGGAUGGAGAUGGUGCUUCUACAUCAACCUACCAUUCGAUGGUCUCUCGUUGGUAGUCCUCUUUUUCUUUCUGCGUCUUGAACCGGUACGCGCAGCUGCUAGCAGCCUCCGCUCGUUUGAUUGGAUUGGCUCUAUUCUCGUUGUUGGAGGUACGAUCUGCUUCUUGUACGGGCUUGAAUCAGGCAGCGGCAAUGAGCACAAAUGGGACUCCGCAUUCACACUGGGGCUAAUGAUUGGGGGACUUGUGAUUCUGGCGAUCUUUGGUUACUAUGAGUGGUCUGUCGCACAGUGUCCCAUCUUGCCCGUCCGGAGUUUGCUCAGUCGAUCAACGGUCCCUUGCCUUUUGACUGCCUUCUUUCACAGUUUCACAUUUAUCGCCUAUAAUUACUUUAACCCGCUGUACUUUCAACUUGUCCUAAAGGUCACCCCCAUUCAGUCGGGUCUCUACUUGUUUGCCAUGGUACUACCUCUGUCCGCUAUGACACUCGCCAGCGGAUUCUUCGUCCAACGCACAGGCGAAUACCGCCCAGUGAUAUGGAUUGCAAGCUUAUUCAUGGUGGCCGGGACGGGCUUGUUUAUCGAUUUCGGGCCCCAUUUGGUGUUGUGGAAGAUUGUGGUCUACCAGCUCAUUGCCGGUGUGGGUGCUGGGCCGCUGUUUCAGGCACCGAUGAUUGCCUUUCAAAGCGCUCUGAAGCCAGAGAAUGUGGCCACCGGCAAUGCGGCUUUGACGUUUCUCAAGAAUCUGGCCACGUCGCUAUCGCUAGUUAUUGGGGGUGUGGUGGCGCAGAGUGGGUUAGGGGACGUUCGUUUGUCUAGCUUUAGUGGAGACGGAGAGACUGAGGGGGAGGAUAGCAAUCAAACUGCUCUUCUUCCCGGCUUGCGCAACAUGUGGAUCUUUUACACGGCCAUUUGUGGUACCAUGGCAAUUGUCUCACUUACGAUCAAGAGGCACAGCCUGUGCCAGGAUAACGACAGUGAAAGGGCGGUUCAAAGCACGGAUUGA